AUGAACAAAUAUUUAAAAAUAAGAUUAAUUGGGGAGGGUUCGUUUGGAUCGGCUUACUUAGCAAAAAAUAAACUAACGAAUAAGUAUGUAGUUUUGAAAGAAAUUACCACAAAUAAGAUGUCAAAAAAAGAGAAAGAUGAUGCCAAAAAAGAAAUAACAGUACUUUCCCAACUCAAGCAUUCAAACAUCGUUUCUUAUUUGGAUUCGUAUGAAAAUUAUGGAGUGCUGACAAUGGUUAUGGAAUAUUGUGCUGGAGGAGAUCUUGGGAAGAAAAUUGAAAGUCAGAAAAAUAUUUUAUUUGACGAAGGACAGAUUUUGUGCUGGUUCAUACAAAUAUGUCUGGCUGUCAGUUACAUCCAUAAUAAAAAAAUACUACACAGAGAUAUAAAAACACAAAAUUUAUUCUUGACAAAAAAUGGCGUAAUUAAGUUGGGAGAUUUUGGGAUCUCGAAAAUACUUGACAGUACGGUACAGCUGGUGAAGACGUGCAUAGGCACCCCCUACUACCUCUCGCCUGAGAUAUGUCAGGGACUGCCUUACAACAACAAGAGCGACAUCUGGUCCAUUGGAUGUGUCUUGUACGAGCUGACAACACUGAAACACGCGUUCGAAGCUGACAAUAUCAACGAUCUUUUGCUAAGGAUUUCCAGUGCCUCAUAUAGGAAAAUUUCGCCCAAGUAUAGCCAUGGAUUGGAGCAUUUGAUUUCCCGGUUGCUUAAUAAAGAUCCA